AUGGCAUCACCGUCGUCAUCGUCACCCGCCACUGUUGAAGAGACUCUGGCAUCGCUGAAAAGGCGAGUUUUCGGCGGGAGCGAGGAGGACCGCGAGUUGUCCUGCGGGCUGUUCGGGGAAGAGUUCGAGAUGAAGAACGCCGAGAUCGAGGACAGGGAGUACGACUUCGUGUUCAGGCACGGCACCAUCCUGGUCAGGGUGGAGGAAGGCGUCGGCGGGGAGGUUGUCCCGAUGGUGUUCAGCCUGUGUGAGUACGCCACGGACCACUUCGGAGAUCUGACCGGGCUUCCCCUUCAGUGGCUGUUCCACGAAGAUGCCACCAACAAGAAGACCGCCGCGAAGAUCAUGAUGCACAUCGAGCGGAGCGACUCGGACAGCAUGUGUUGCUACGUCAACCUCAAGAGCAAGGUUCGGCGGUGGACAUCCUCCUUUGUCUCAAUCCGAUCGCUGUCAAACCGCCCAGAGAGGGCACAUGAACAACGAGUUGGCCACGAGCAUCUGCCGCCGUGGUAUGUGCUUCUGAAGGUCUGCUUGCCGUCCGCGCUGGGGCUAAUCAAGGAGCCCGAACUUUUGCAGCAACUGUACAGCAAGAAAGCCGCGGAAGCCAGCAAGAGGGCCGCUCCGCAGAAGGGCAGAGGCAAAGUCGGGGCGAAGAAGACCAACAAAAAGGCCAAAGGGGCACCGGUGGCUGGCGAUAUCCAGAGCAGGGAAGGCGUUUCGAGUGAAGCCUGCACCUAG